AUGGCCAGUUCACCUGCCUGGGGUACGGCGCUGAAAGCCGCAACAGGAAGGAGAGUCCACCAAACUACUCGGCAGAGCAGAGGAAGGACCGGAGGCAUGCGCACGUUACCACAGCGGACCGCUGGGAAAAGGGAGAGACACGCUAAGUGGGAAACUGAAGGGGUGAAAGCACGCUUCACCCCUCCCCCAACAGCUGAAGAGAGACAAAACAUAUCAGAGAGUGUAAGAGGACAUGAGCUGAGAAUCGUCCUUGUGGGAAAGACUGGCACUGGCAAGAGUGCAACUGGAAACACCAUUCUGGGGAAAAAGGUUUUUGAAUCAAAGAUCAGCGCCGGGUCGACGACCGUGGACUGCUCUAAGGGCAGAGGGAUGGUGGAUGGACAGAAAGUAGCUGUCAUCGAUACUCCAGGUUUGUUUGACACCAGAUUCGACAUGGAAAAGACAUCCAAAGAAAUGGGCAAAUCCAUCCCUUUCGCUGCUCCUGGACCCCACGUGUUUGCUGUGGUCAUCAGGCUGGGCACAUUCACACCAGAGGAGAAGGAGGCAGUGCAAAGGAUUCAACAAAUCUUCGGUCAGGCAGCUGACAAAUACAGCAUGGUUAUCUUCACUGGUGGAGACGAGUUGGAGAUGGAAGAGGCCACGAUUGAGGGGUUUCUGGAAAAAAGUCAAGACCUGCAAGAGCUGGUGAAACGAUGUCAUGAUCGGUACCAUGUCAUCAAUAACAGAAACAAAACAGAUCGAUCUCAGGUCAGCCAGCUGAUCCUGAAAAUCAGAAACAUGGUGGCCAUGAACGGAGGAAGCCACUACACCAACAACAUGUUCCAGGAGGCCGAGAGGGCACUGGAAGCGGAGAAACAACGCAUCCUGAAGCAGGAACAAGAGCAAAUCCGCAGAGAAAUGGAGAGACAGAGGAAGGAACUUGAGGACAAAUACAAAAAAGCUCUGGAGGAGGACAUGAAGAUAAUUCAGGAAGAGUAUGAGGCUGAGGCCACAGAGGCAGCAAAGAGGAGCUGCUGCUGUGUCAUACAGUAGGCGGAAAAGUCACUGUCACUGGUUCAGUCUUUACAGAUCUUCAUCUUUGUUUAGGUUCAGUUCCUGGAUAGGAGAAGGCAUUUCCAUUUGAAAGUUUCCUGUUCUCACUUACCCAUUGAUAACAGCAGUCCAACGGCACUCCCUCACAGGGGUGUUUCAAUGGAUCUACCAGGUAAA